AUGAGAAGGUAUGAUAGAUAAAAUGAAAGAUAAAAGGAAAUAAAAUUAAGUGAUAAUUAAAAAUUUUUAAGCUUUUCAUUGGAAGCACCUUCAAAGUAGUUAAAAUUUAUGCCUAAUACUUAUCCAGGUUUGCCAUCAUAUUAUCAAACACCUUAUGAUGAUUAUUUAAGAUGUUUUAAAUAAAAAGAUGAAACAAUCGAAAUAUAAGAUUUAAGUAAUUAGUAUGUUAAAAGACAGUUAAUUAAAAUGAAGAAAAGCAUGAAAUGAAUACUUUUCUUUAGAGUUUUAGAUUAAAAAAUGGACCAAAAAAAGGAAUGGGAGUAGGAAUGAGCAGAUAAAUGUUUUCUGGAUUAUCAAUAAUAAAACCUGGAAAUCUCUCAAGUAAUUAAGAUAUGAUUAAUGGAACAUUGAGGAGUAUGAAUGGAGGAGAACUAAGUAGUAUUGCUCAUGAUGGACCAUAGAAUCAAAGUUUAAUAAGGGUGGAAGAGAAUAUUUUGAAUAUUUUCAAUAUGAAAGAAGAAGUUGAUAAAGUUUAUAAAAAACUCAUAAAUUGA